UCGACUUGGCGCAUACCGCCACAUGCACCCCAACGAUUGGAGGCUCACUCUGACUUGCUUCUUGAUAUACUGUCACGCACCACACCUUCGGCUAGGGCGACUGACGAUACAAUCUGACUCUUGCGAUUAUAUUACUUACUGAGCAGCCCAAUACUCACAACGGUCAACGCAUAGGCCCCUGCCGAUCGCCCGCAGAUUGCCCCGCCACACCCGCCGUUGAGAGGCCUCCACGUCCUACGCCCGAACGCGCCUCUGGAAUCUCCACCUACCCUCUUUCCGCAACUGACCUGGCGCACACGAAACUUUCUCACGCAGGCACAACUGUAUCGGGAUUGCUGUAAAACGUCUGCAAUCUCUGCGCCUCUCUGUCAUAAGCGUCUCUCGGUCGCAUCCCCCACCUGUUCACUCUGCGCAUAUCGUUCAACUUGGGACGCCACUUCUACGCACACACUUAGAGAGAUACCAUGGCAUCGUCGUCUGCGGCAGCGGGGCUACUAGCUCGCCAGCUUAAGCAAAUGCAAAACGACAAGAGCAUAUCGGGCAUAAGCUGUGGUCUAGUGGACAGCAAUGUGUUCGAGUGGGAGGUGAUGCUGAUGAUCGACGAUGACACAAAGUUCUAUGGAGGAGGGUUCUUCCGCGCGCGCCUCACCUUUCCCAGCGAAUACCCUCUUCUACCGCCAAAGAUGCGCUUCGAGACACCCAUCUUCCACCCCAACAUCUACCAAAACGGCGAAGUAUGUAUCUCGAUCCUACACCCCCCAGAAGAAGACAAGUACGGUUAUGAAUCCGCCGCUGAACGCUGGUCGCCCGUUCAAACGCCCGAGACCAUCCUCCUCUCCGUCAUCUCCAUGCUGUCCAGCCCGAACGAUGAGUCACCAGCAAACGUCGAAGCUGCGAGCUUGUGGCGAGACAACACACCGGAGUUUAAGAAAAGGGUGCGGAAGUGCGUCAGGGACAGUCUGGAGUUUGAAUGAGGUAGGCGGAGGGAGGCAAUUUCGUUCAUGAAUGCAUAAGCGUGGCUGGGUAUCUGGGUAUGCGAUAUUGGAUCACGGCGUGCAUGGUGGUUGUCUAGGUGCCAUCUAGGAAGCAUGCAAUACAUGAUAUCUUAUCCUGGGGUGUUUAUAUCAUGAGAAGAUCGAGUUCCCUGGCUGAAGAUGUUUUUGCAGUUUUAUACUUGAACACACGGGCGUAAGUCUCUUACACAUCUGAGCAGGAACCAUGGAUUGAGCCACGUUUCAAUCUGCUGCAGACGCAGGUAUAAAGUUCAAAGAAGAGAUGUACUUGUCAGGAAAGCAAAUUUCUUGUUCUAUCAUACAACAACCUU